UCAUAUCGUGAAGACGUUGAGUACAUAAAAAGAUAACAGUCGAAAUUUAAAAAUAUAAAAAUAAUAAAUAAAAUUAUCCCGAAAACUGGCUGAAAAUUAAAAAAAAUUGGCGAUUUGGUGUUUUUUGUUUUAAUGACGGUUAAGAAAAAACAAUAAAAUUGUUAUUGUUACGAAUUACGAUUAGAUAAAAUGGUGUCAAAGAUACACACAUUAACACGUUUUUGAGUUGUUAAUUUUUACUAGUAAAUUACAAUGUCGGAAAAUAAUUCUCACAGUGAUAGACUAAAAGAAAGUUUGAAUUUAAAAAGAAAUGUUGAUAAUGAUCGCUCCAGUGAUGUCGAGAGAAGUUCAGAAAAAUUAAACGAAGUUUGUUUCGAAGAUGCAUUCGAGUUGACUGGUCACGGCAAGUUCAAUCACCUGGUACUGCUAACAUGUGGUCUGAUCAUGCUAAACGUGUCUAUGGAGUCUGUCGGUAUGAGCUACGUCAUUACAGCUGCAGAAUGUGAGCUGGAGCUGACAAGUGAGCACAAGGGGCUGGUGAAUGCUGCGGCUUUCAUUGGUAUUAUAAGCACAUCAUUUCUAUGGGGAUACCUGGGUGAUAGAUUUGGCCGACGGGCGGUGAUGCUGCCAUCAAUGGUAGCGUCUGCCGCUCUAUCUAUUACCUCAUCGUUCUCAACUAAUGUGUGGAUGCUACUCAUUUUGCGGAUACUUACGGGCUGUUUGGUGUCUGCGUCAAGUGCGACGGUGUAUGCCUAUCUUGGUGAAAUGCACACCGGAUCCCGAAGGGCGGCAGCUAUAGCUUGGGGAUCAGCCUUCAUAUCCUUCUCAUUUAUGAUUCUACCAGGUCUUGCCUGGAUCAUAAUUCCAGGACAAUGGUCCUGGUCGAUCGGUGGCUUCAGGAUAGUACCGUGGCGAGCCUUCAUAUGGUCAUGGUGUGCCCCUGGUCUCAUAGCCUCGGUGUUUCUGUUCUGGCUGCCAGAAAGUCCCAGAUACCUAUUGUCUGCCAAAGGUCCAGAGGCCGCAUUACCAGUAUUGGCGAAAAUGUACGCAUACAACGAGAAUGCUGGAGAGGAUAAUUUUCCCGUAGAGAAAAUUGUUACAAGCAGCAUAGAAUCGAGAUCUGGUGGUUUCGUUGGAGCAGUGAGAAACAUUUCCUUGCUUUUCAGACCACCACUGCUUAAAUGUGUCUUCAUAUCACACAUAUCAAUGUUCGCCGUGUUCAUGCUCUCAAGUGGUUUGUACGUGUGGGUACCAGAUAUCCUGAACAGCAUGCUCAGUAAUACGAGUGAGAAGAGCAUAACUAUUUGUGAAAUUAUACACAAUAAGUUCCAAGCGACGAGAAAUUCUUCAUUGGAAGUAAGCCAUGGAGUAUGCAAGGCCCACGUAACGACAACUGUCUUCUCUAUAUCAAUGGGUAUGGGUGCAGUGUUUGCUGUCACCUACCUGGCUAUAGGACUCUUCAUCACUAGGGUUGGCAGAAAGACAUUCUAUUGUUGCAUAAUGUUCGUGUGCGGACUCGCCACUAUCGGUGCAGCGUUUGUACCACAAGGUGGCGCUGCAACGGCGCUCCUAAUUCUGGCUCUGUGCGCCGGAUGCGCUGCUUCUAUCCUCGCCGCAAUUGCUGUAGACGUAUUCCCCACAUGUUUGAGAGCGAUGGCUAUGUGCGUUAUGUACAUGGUGGGUCGGACAGGAGCGGCGGUGGGUUCGAAUAUCCUCGGAGCCACGCUGGACAGGCACUGCCAACUUGCCUUCAGCGUAUUUGGCGUUUUCACUGCUGGUUCAGUGAUACUUAUAAUAUUUUGGCCGAAACCAGAGAAGAUCCGGGAUGAAAUGGAACGCAAAGGAUUAAAUUACUAAGUUUAGACUAAUUGAGACUUUUGUGAAUUGAUUUUAAGACACUGCAUUUGUAAGAUGUGCAAAGAAUGUAAAUUUUAUCUAAAUAACUACUAAGAAACUACUAAUUUGUAUUGAAAAAAUAUGUUUGUAUGUACCAUACCAUUUAUCAGGUUAUUAUAUAAAUCCAGGCUACGAUCAAAUUGAAGUGGUUGAAACUGUGGGACACAUCUAUGGUAUAAUUUUAAUUACUACUACUACUACCAUAUUUAUAAAUAUCAGUGAGAGACUGAAAUUUAGCCAUAAUGUUGCUAUUUAGCAUAAUACUGUGUAAUUAAAUAUAUUUUCUUACA